UGUCAUGUGUCCUUGCAUGCAGCAGACCAGCGGAAGAGCGGAACCCACAUCCCACACUACAGUCUACGUGUAGCCUAUUGAAAAUAACAGACCGACUGUGGGGUUUGUAACGGUCGAUGUAUCACGUUAAAUUUAAGGGGCAUGUUUACAGCACGCGGCACAUUUCGACCAUAGCGCGGAGAAAAGAUGCACGAGCUGGAUUGAUAAAGGAGCUGUCCAGCAUGAGGUGCUGAUAGGCGGCCUUCAGUGAACGAUGGCGACGGGGAAGUGGCUUUUGUACACGGGUCUCUUUCUGUCUCUCGUCGCCUUGUGCUUCCUGACGGUCGCGAUCUCAUCGGAUCACUGGUACGAGACGGACGCGAGGAGAUACAAGGAGCGUUGCCGCGCAUUCUCGAACCGCAGGAGCGAUCCGGGUUUCAUUUACAUCCCGAACCACAGCCUUCCGCUGCGCGCGAGCAGACCGAGCCUGGACCGAUGGGAAGACCGACUUCUGCUGUCCAGAAACCGGCGUCAGAUGUUCGCCAUGAGCGCAGCGGAUGAAUGCAGCAGAAGCUACAAUUCAACCAGUAUGGGUCUGUGGAACAAAUGCUACAGACUGGGGUACGACCCAGCCAUCGAAGAGCUCAUUCAAAAAGGAGCUAUCGAGCGUUGCACAUACAUUAGGUACUAUUACACCUCCGCAUCCACGCGUAAGGAUCUGUCCUACAAUAUAACCAAAACAAUCCAGCAAGAUGAUUGGCAUGCGUUGCAUUUGCGUCGGAUGACGGCUGGCUUCAUGGGCAUGGCUCUUUCCAUCAUUCUCUUUGGCUGGACCAUCGGCGUUUUGGGCUGUUGCUGGGAGCAAGGCCUCAUGCAUUAUGUCGCAGGUCUACUUUUCCUUAUGGGAGGUACCUUCUGCAUCAUUUCUCUUUGCACGUGCGUGGCUGGUAUCAACUUCGAACUAUCACGCUACCCACGUUACCUGUUCGGCCUUCCGGAUGACAUAAGCCACGGUUACGGCUGGUCCAUGUUCAGUGCCUGGGGAGGACUGGGGCUGACCCUCAUAGCUGGGUUCUUCUGCACCCUGGCACCGUCGAUUCAGCCUCCCCCGCCAUCUCGUACCUCCUGUCCCAAGUCUCGCAUGGAGAACGGAACAGUGUGCUGAAGCUAUGAAUGUUGUGAAACAUCGAUACAAGCAAACUGUUGUUAAUACACCUUGUGGGUACGAACAGCAUUGAGGAUGAUGAAAGACACGUUGGAAGGCGGUGAGCCAAGGUCGUUGGGCCUUUUUGCUCUUGGGACUCUAUUGAUGUUCGAAAACAAGAUUUCUGUAACGAAGGCACAUUUGUAUAGUUGUUUAAAAGCUUUCAUCCUCGCAUCACUCUAGUACGUCCUUGGUGAAGCAGUUCUUGGUGUUUGUCUGUGUAACUUGUUUGGGUUAAAAACACUUUCCAAAAGUCAUCUCACGUAAAUCUACCAUCAAUUUCAUGAUGUGUUGUUGUUGUUUUCAAUGUAUGAUUUCUUAAUUGGACAAUAAAACCUAAGAGACGA